AUGCUCCAGAAUUUUGAGAAAGUGAUGGCCUUCUCGCCGUCAUCCGUUAGUGAAGAAUGUGAUGGCGCUAAACGUGAGGAUAAAGUUUGCCGUGUCUGUGGUGACAAGGCCAUCGGAUAUAACUUUGGCAUUGUGGCUUGUGAAUCAUGCAAGUCAUUUUUUCGACGGCAGGGGACGAAGGCAGAGACAUUGAGCUGUCCCUUUAGCGGACACUGCGAAAUCAACACACAAUCACGAAGGUACUGCCAAGCAUGUCGGCUAAGGAAAUGCUUUGAGAUGGGAAUGUCGACGGAAGCUUUGCGCAAAUGCGAACGUGAACCGGGGCCCAGCCACUCAAGGAAACGGCAGAAAGAACAGCCCGGCAAAGAGCCCGAGGAUUCCAACGACAGCCCAGAUGAGGUGACGAUACCCCGCGAGGUCUUCCAGGAGUUGAUCCGAAAAUCAAAAGCUGGAGAGAAAAUUACAGAAUGUAUCUGCCAGUGCAAAUGCGGCUUCUACCCGAAGGGGACCAAGCUGGUAGCACGAGAAACGGAUAAAUUGCCGAGCAACGAACGAUGCCUGGAAUACAAACCCGUGCAGCCAUUUUCGCCGGCGUAUUUCCCGAUGAGCCCGCAGACGGGGCUCGGGAACGGCCACAUGUCGGCGAUUCCCGCUCCGGCCCAAUCUUUGUAUCUGGCUGGCCAGUUGCCACAAGGGAUCGACUUAAGCUGGUACAGCCCGAAACUAAUGGCCGGCAUCGCGAGGAUGCCACCUCCACUUGUCGUCCAGCCAGCGUCAAUGCCCACUCAGUUGGCACCGAGCCCGACGAUUGUGGCGGCACAUGGUAGCUCCCCAAUAAACACAACACCGCUAAACAUUGUGCCAGUAAGAGCGCCAAUUGACACUCCCGAGAGCAUAGCAGCGGUGCUCGAGCCAGAACUUCGAGGAAAGCUAUUGGAGCUAAUCCGCGCGAACGAGUGCCUCAAAGCGCCGCUAGAAAUUGAGAUGGAACGCGAGAUGUCGCUGAUGGAAGUGGUGAACAUCACCAACUUGGCGCUGCGGCGUAUCAUCGUGAUGGCUAAAGAAUUGGGGGCGUUCAAGGCGCUAUCAAACGCCGAUCAGGUUAACUUGAUCAAAGCCGGUGCCGGAGAAUUGUUAAUUCUACGUGGAGUCAUGGUAUUCGAUGCGAGCAAAAAUGUCUGGAAUCAUCCAAAACAGGGCAGUUCCGAUAUGCAGGUGAAGCUUGACAUCUUGCUACGAUCUCCAGUCGCACAACAGCACUACGAGGAACAUAAACGGUUCUUGAACUCUUUCGGAGAAAGAAUACGACAGAACGAGACUGUUAUGUUAUGCCUAGCUGCGGUCGUGCUCUUCUCUCCGGAUCGCCCCUUCCUGCGUGAUCCUCAAAUCAUCUCGGCUAGUAGGCAGCAGUACACGCAGCUUUUGAGGAAGGUCCUCGAUAUCGCAUUCCCGGUUCCUGGUGAAUCACAAACGGCCUUUGAAAGCCUGCUACAACGGGUGCACGAUCUUCGCAAAAUCAGCGAGGGGCUGCUAGGUGUUUACUGUCGGCUAGACCCGAACCAGCUAGAUCCUCUCCUGCUCGAAUUGUUUGAUCUGAAACAACUGCCACGCGGUCCAGACAUU